AUGUUCAACUUUGGCAAGGCCAAACUUCCUGCUAACUGGCCUCCGUUGCACCACAAGUGCAACCGAAGCAAGUGUACCUUCCCCAACUACCCACAACCCGCUCCCGGCACAUACAAGUGUCGCGGCUGCGAGAAAGGCAAUUACUCCGUUUCACCUGCGCAGGCCAAAGAAGUCGACGCACAGAACCGAAAAGUUUUUUAUAUUCCUGGUCGUUCGCCCCCGUUGAAUGCUCGACGACAACCACAAUCUUGGGACUUGAACCAGGAGUUUCCUACUUCCGCGCGGGUCGGAGGACCCAAACAAGCGUCUCAUACCGACGUGCCUGCUAUAGCACGCAAAGUCGUUCAAGCCCCGACAGGUCGUAAUGGUCCUCAUCGUGCCGUCAUGGGGGAUACUGCAAUCCGUAACGCUCAUACGGUAUAUCCUCUAGGCUUAAAGACGAAUACUAGGCAGAUCUACGCUUCCUCCGAUCACACACUAGUGUCCAAUAAGGAUCCUCAAUCUGAUCGUGUGGGUUAUAUACUGGCCAGAGCUGAGCGUAGACCAGGCAGGCCCUACCGUGUCGUGAAUAUCUGA